AUGCAGCGCGCGCUCGUGAUCAGGCACACUGUGCUGGCCACUACCGGCAGAGGCUUCGCCAGUGAAGCAGAAGCGAGCCCCGGCGUCAUCAAAGUGGUGAUGGACCUCUUCGAGAGGCACAUGAACAGCCUGGACCGCAUCCGCGCUGAGAACGAAGCCUUUCGGAAGGAGAUCAACGGCAAGCUCGACAAGGUGAACGCUGAGAUGGCCGAGCUGAGGCGCGAGAUUCGCGACAAGAAGAGCGUCAAGUUCCCGUGGCUCAGCUGA